AGAAUAAGAAGGGGGCGUUCCAGUCUGCGUAAACGGGAACUCCCACCACACGAGAACGCCCAUUUGUGUCUGCAGUGCAGUGGGAUAUGUCCAUGAGUGGGAUGAUACAAACUUGUAUCGUGUGCGCGCGCGCCCGCCUCCCUUUCCCUCAGUGUUGUCGUCAUCAGUCGGCGUCAGCGGGGUAAACAGUAAACAAGGAAGGACGAGGUGGAGUUCCGCGUCCACUGCUCUAAGAGGCUCUCCAAGCAGGCACAUCAAUCUAAUAUAUAUCCGGAUAAAGCCGGCCUGUCGAGGGGUGGUCGACAUUAUUCUGGGACCGGAUUUGGUGUGGAUCGGAUUGCCCUCAUUAAACUAAUGUUAGCCCGGUGGUAACGUUAGUCAGGCCGGGUCGGGUUUGUACUACAGCCACAGAUAUUGCGCAAAAGAAACCAUUUGGAUCCUCGCAGACUUUCCAGAUCCACAAAGUGAUGGUGCUGUCCCUGGUGGACCUGUGUGCCAAGGAGGUGGUGAGAGACCACAGCUCCUCUCCCUCCUGGCUGUGCUGCGUUCCCCGGGAGCUGUACGACGCCCUGCUGCGGGCCGCCUGCUCCGGCGGCCGGCCGCUGGCGGUGGGCGAGCUGGUUCAGCGCUGGCCCGAGCGGCGGCUUAAGGUCGGGGACCGCCGGAUCUCCGGACUCAACCCGCCCAACAGGCUCUGCAUCCAGGCCCUGCUGCUCGCCGUGGUGCGGGGUCUCUCCGACCACAGGUCCAUGCUGCAGGUCCUGGACCUGUGCGGUCUCCAGCGGGACGAGGGGGGGGACCCCAUGGGGGGCUGGUCCCUGACGGUGGCCCUGUGCUCCAUGCUGGUCCAGGCCCGGGCCGGGGUGCAGGCGCGGAAAGAGGGGGGGCUGGCCCGGCGGGACGGGGAGGGCGAGAGGAAGAGGGUCCUGGCCCUGGAGCGAGAGAGGGAGGGGGCAAAGAGAGAGAGAGCUCCACGCAAGAGAGAGAGGGAGGGGGAGGGGGAGGUUGCCAUGGAGACAAACGGCGGCGAGGGCAGGGGGGCGGGGAGGACGGAGGAGGAGCAGUUGAAGGGGGUGAGGAGGAGGAUGGAGCAGGAGCGGAGGAGAGGAGGAGGAGGAGGAGGAGGAGGGAGCGGUGGGGAGGAGUCGUCGUCCAGGGAGGGCAGUCGGGAGGUGCUGCUGCAGGUCAGGGCGGACCUCUUCGUCAACGCUCGCUCCUGGGAGCGGGUCCGCACGGCGCUCUCCGGCCCCGACCCCCUGCGGCUCUCCUGCCGGUUCCUCCGGGUGGAGGAGCUGUCCGUCUCCAACACCAGGCGGCUCCUGGAGCUGGCCCCGCCCCGGGGCCUGCUGGGGGUGGACCUCCGCUACAGCAGCCUGGGGAUGGAGGGCCUGGCCUCCCUGCUGCCCCUCCUGGCCUCCUUCCCCGCCCUGGGCUCCCUGCGCCUCCACUACUGCAACCUGGAGCUGCGGGGGGACGCGGCGGGGCAGGAGGAGGUGCUGAAGGAGGUGGCCCUGGGUCUGUCCCGGCUCCCCGAGCUCCGACGGCUCAGUCUCACCGCGCUGCGCCUCCCCGGACACCUGCGCCUCCUGCUCAGCUCCCUGGCCCGGCCCCUCCACGUCCUGGAGCUCCCCUACCUCAGCCUGAGCCCCGCCGACCUGGCCUUCCUGUCCUGCUCCCACCACGCCUCGUCCCUGCAGCGCCUGGACCUCAGCGAGAACCGUCUGGACACCUCCUCGCUGCCCUCCGUCCGCCGCCUGCUGUCCUCGGCCUCCUCCUCCCUGCUCCACCUCACGCUGAGCGGCUGCGGCCUCACCGACGGCCUCCUGGGGGCGCUGCUCCCCUCGGUGACCUGCUGCCGGGCCCUGCGGAGCCUGGGCCUGGCCCUCAACCCCCUGUCCCUGGCCGGCCUCACCCGGCUGGUGAAGGGCGCCCUGGGCAUGGCCUCGCUGCGCCACCUGCUGUACCCCAACGCCCUGGAGGAGUACCAGCCCGGGCUGCCCGAGCUGCCCUCCAGCGCCCAGCUGCUGGACUGGCCCCUGGACGAGCUGCAGGACGCCAGCGCCACCUCCAGCCAGCUGCACCGCCUGGUGAGGGAGGCGGGCCGCACCGACCUGGUGCUGACCUGUGACCUGCUCAACUACCACCACGACCUCCUGGACUAGACCUAACUACCACCACGACCUCCUGGACUAGACCUAACUACCACCACGACCUCCUGGACUAGACCUAACUACCACCAUGACCUCCUGGACUAGAGAGACCUCCUCCUGGACUAGAGAGACCUCCUCCUGGACUAGAGAGACCUCCUCCUGGACUAGAGAGACCUCCUCCUGGACUAGGCCUCAUGGUGGACCAGAGAGGCCUCCUGGUCUCCGGUUGAAGAUCACAAAGUGCCUGACAACAACCAGGUCGUUUUCAUGGCCUCUUUUAAAAAAGAAGACAUUUUUAAAAAACAGUUUCCAUGAGAUGUGAUGUGAGACCCUGGACUGAACUCGUGCUGAGAGUCGACUCCUGUCCUACCAGGCGUUUUGACCGCUAGUGUUACUGCAUGAAGCCUGGAGAGAAGAAGAGUGCUCUACACUAAACCAUGUCUUGAUGUUACAUUACAGACAACGGGUUUGACCCUUUUAAACCUUUGAUCAUGGUGCAUUUGUUCAUACAUUAGCGAUUAGGCCGUUCAUAUUGUAAAAUAGUUUACAUGUUAUAAACGGUUUACAAUGCCAA